CAACAAGCUAGCAUGAUGUCUUAUAGCCAGCCGUUAAGUUACUCAUGUUAGGGGCUUUGUAGCCUACGUAGGGGUCUACCGAUAGCUGAAGAGGUAUCAGUUCCAGUAGUCUUGCAAAAUGAAGAAGGCGCAAGUUUAGUAACUAUAUGUCAAGAUAAGGUCAUAAUUGUGAUAAGCCUAUAACUUUGCUGACAGCCAUAGGGUGCCUUGUGUGGUCUCGAGCCAUUGAAUAAGGGUUCUUGGGAGCACGUGUAGCCCAAAUAGGGUUUAUAAGAUACCUUUCACAAAUUUGACGUCAUCUUGAAAUAGCUUGUCGCCUCGCGCAGAGGCACGACCGCGCACCUGCGCUCCAUCGCGACAUCUGAUUCCUGCCAGCAUAAGGAGGCCUCAGAAUGCAGCCCGAGGAUCCCUCGCCUUCAUGUGGACACGCUAGCGGGCUUGCCAUAACCGAGGCCAGCGGCUUCGCACCAACUGCAACAACUCGACGAGCCCUCAUCACUGGAGGCAGCGGCUUCCUAGGCUUCCGCCUAGGUACCGCUCUCGCAAAAGACGGCAUCCAAGUCUUCCUCCUCGAUCUGGCUCCGCCCCGUCAGUCGCUACCGCCAAACACGACCUUCAUCCGUGGCAGUGUUGCCAACGCCGCGGACGUUGACGCUGCCUUCUCCACUGCUGCUGCCGCGGCUGCCAGCAGCGCCACCAGCAGCAGCAGCACCGGCUGCUGCGGAGGGUUCUUAGAUGCCGUAUUCCACGUGGCCUCGUACGGCAUGUCCGGCCGCGAGCUCCGAGACCUUGCGCGCAUUACCGCGGUCAACGUGGGCGGCACGCAGCAUGUGCUGGACGCAUGCGUGCGGUACGGCGUGCCGCGGCUGGUGUACGUAUCCACGUGCAACGUUAUUUUCGUGGGCAAGCCCAUCUCCUGUGGCACCGAGGCCGCCCCCUACCCGCCCCCCGCCGCCUACAAGGACGCCUACUCCGCCACCAAGGCAGCAGCCGAGCGCCUGGUGCUGGCGGCCAAUGGCAGCAGAAACAGCAGCAGCCUGAGCGGAAGAGCAGGUGGCGACGGCAGUGGGGGCGGUGCGGAGCAUGGGGAGGCGGGAGCGGGGAAGUCCUCCUGGAGCCGGCGACAGGCGGCAGUGGGCGCCAGGCCGGAGCAGGAGCAGCCCCCACAGCCCCCCCAUGUGCUGUACACCUGCGCGGUGCGGUCUACGGGCAUCUGGGGUCCGGGCGAGACGCGGCACCAGCCCCGGGUGAUCCGCAUGGUCCGGGCGGGGCUGUUCGGAGCCACCUUCGGGGACCUCAGCAGCCUCAGCGACUGGAUCCACGUGGACAACCUGGUGCAGCUGCUGGCGCGGGCGGAGCGAGCUCUCAGACACCACACCGCCGGUCCGGACGGCAACAAUAGCACAGCUGCGGGGGCUGCAGGCGGGGGUGCUGCUGCGCCCCCGGUGGCGGCCGGCCAGGUGUACUACGCGUCGGAUGGCGCCCCCAUCAACAACUUCCUGCAUUUCAAGCCCUUCAUCGUGGGCCUAGGCUACCGCUACCCCUCCCUCAACGUGCCGUACUGGCUGGUGUACGGCAUAGCGGCUCUUAUCGAGUACGUCUGGCCCGUACUGCAGUACAUUGUGGCGGAUCCGCCCCUCACGCGUAUGGAGGUGGACAAGUGCUGCGUGUCGCACUGGUUCGAUAUCAGCAAGGCGCGAAGGGAGCUGGGGUACCGCCCCGUGUCUUACGACAGGGGUGAAGUCGUGUCGUACAUGCGAGCGGAGGGGUGGGGGAAUCCGGCGGUUGGAAAGGCGGGGGUGGCGACGUUGCAUGGGCGGUCAGGGUUGAUGUUGGGCGGUGGUACGUUUGGGCCUGCGCGGGUGCGCGGCCGGGUUACGGUGCUGGGGCUGCUGGUGGCGGUGCUGGUGGGGUUGGCGGUAGCAUACGGGGGGAGGCUAGGGGGGCAGCUAGGGGUGAGCGGAUGGUGAGGGAGGCGCGGGUGGUCCGGACGUUGUGUACGCUGCCACAACGUACACAGCUAGGGGUGUAGGUACCGCCGCCGCAAAGGUGGUAUUCGUGUUCGCGUCCUUGUUACUUUCCCAGGGUUUUUGACAGGCGAUUACGGCAGAAGGGAGGGGGCGAUGAGGUGUGCGAGAGGGAGAGGAGGCGGGUAUGGUUAGCGAUAUAUUAUGGUUACAGCUACAGAGGACUGCAGCGGACUAUGAAGACGUCAGAGCGUGCAUGAGCGCAGCAUGUAACGUAUACAUACUUAGCACCUAUAUGCCCUGUUACAGGGCGCCUCCUCACGAGGUCGA